GCGCCUCCGGCCCCGGUGCACGUGGGCAGCGCGCUCCAUGACGUCACUGCGCGGCGCCGCCCGAAGGUCACACGCUGCGCUGGAAGAUGGCGGCGGCGGCGGCCGGCGGCUGUCGGAAAUGUCUCGUCAACGGCAUGUGGCUGAUAUCCAGAAGAUACCCAGUUCCUGCAGUCCCCAGGGGUACAGUGUAUGGCAUGAGCCCGCCUGGUUUAGAGACCCAUCAGUCUAGAUGUUACUCUUCGGGAGGAAGAAAGGGUUUUAUAUCAGGCUUUGUGGAGAACAUCAAACAGGAAUUAGCGAAAAACAAGGAGAUGAAAGAAAGCAUUAAGAAAUUCCGAGAUGAAGCUAAAAAGCUGGAAGAAUCUGAUGCUCUUCGAGAAGCGAGGAGGAAAUAUAAAACCAUUGAAUCUGAAACAGUGAAGACCUCAGAAGUGAUUAAAAAGAAACUUGGAGAAAUAACUGGGACAGUGAAAGAGAGUUUGGAUGAAGUCAGUAGGAGUGAUAUUGGCCGGAAGAUAAAGGAAGGUGUGGAAGGAGCAGCAAAAACAGCAAAGCAGUCUGCAGAGUCAGUGACAAAAGGAGGGGAGAAAUUGGGCAGGACAGCAGCCUUCAAAGCUAUUUCUCAGGGAGUAGAAACAGUCAAGAAGGAGAUAGAUGAAAGUGUCUUAGGACAGACCGGUCCUUACAAACGUCCGGAGCGCCUACGGAAAAGAACAGAGUUCUCAGGAGAGAGUAUUAAAGAGGAGCGAAUAUUUGAGGCUAAUGAGGAGGCCAUGGGUGUGGUGCUGCACAAAGACUCAAAAUGGUAUCAGCAGUGGAAAGAUUUCAAGGACAACAACGUGGUCUUCAAUAGGUUCUUUGAGAUGAAGAUGAAGUAUGAUGAGAGUGAUAACGCAUUCAUUCGAGCUUCCAGAGCCGUCACAGACAAAGUCACGGACUUAAUAGGUGGAUUGUUCUCGAAGACAGAAAUGUCGGAGGUUUUAACAGAGAUACUCAAAGUGGAUCCAUCCUUUGACAAAGACCGGUUCUUAAAGCAGUGCGAGUUUGAUAUAAUCCCCAAUGUCCUGGAGUCUAUGAUGUCUGGAGAGCUUGAUAUCCUCAAAGAUUGGUGCUAUGAAGCGACUUACAGUCAGCUUGCUCAUCCCAUCCAGCAAGCCAAAGCCAUGGGGCUCCAGUUCCACUCCAGGAUUCUGGACAUUGACAACAUUGAUCUGGCCAUGGGGAAGAUGAUGGAGCAGGGACCAGUUUUAAUCAUCACUUUCCAGGCUCAGGUCGUGCUGGUAAUUAAGAACCAGAAAGGGGAAGUGGUGGAAGGUGACCCGGACAAGGUGCUGCGGAUGCUGUACGUGUGGGCACUCUGCAGAGACCAGGACGAGCUCAACCCCUACGCUGCAUGGAGGCUACUGGACAUUUCCUCAUCGAGCACUGAGCAGGUUCUCUGAGGACAGUUGCAACCCAGGGGCUUCCUGUACCUCUCUGGAAGUGGCUCCAUCUCUGCCCUCGCACCUGGCUGCUGUGGGAUGGACUGUGGAUGAGGGAAAGAGGCUGGACUGGUUCCUUUGGCAAGAGGGGGCUGUUCCGUGUGCCCUCAUUGUGGCAAUCCCAGUCAUGAACUGGACGAGUACCUGCCUUCUGCUUUGCUGUGGCACUGUAAGGGUGUAGGGAGAUUGCCAGUGAAAGGUCUGAGACACGAGCAGCUGCUGUUGGCUCCUUUUUUAAUCGUGGCUGAAGGAGGCUGGUUGUCUCCUGUGUGUUUCCCAGUGCUUCCAGUGCUGCACAGAGGUGGGUAUUGGAGAGUGAGACGUGCCAGGUCUGAUUCCCAUCUGCUGUCAUCCUCUGGUGGCCUCAAAGCAUCCCCCAGAAGAUCUCAGAGGUGCUUUUAAGGCACAUUGGUCUUGGCUGACUCUUGUGGAGUCACACCAAGAAGCCUUCUGUUGCUGCAGUGUCUUGCACUUUACCAAACCAAAUACAAACAAGUUUGCAUGUAAUGCUCUUGGUGUGGAGGGGUUUGGCAUCAACAGGCAGGUUCUUGAGGCUGGUUGCAGCGAUACCAUCCAUACAGCCACAGCUUUGCACUGGGAACGUUGGUUUGGGUGCUGUGUUCGUUGUGUCCACUGGUACCACUAAGGAGUGCACAACUGCCUUUCUGUGCUGGGUUAAUGUGAUAGUGUGGGGGGGGACAGGCUGUAACUAGGAGGGGGCAGCAGGCAGGGUGCUAGGAUGGUGCUCAGGGGCGGGGAUGGACAGAGCAGCAACACAGGAGUCAAUAAAAUGCAGCAUCAGGUAGAACAUCACCUCUGGAGCUCAGGUAUUUAUUCCAUGGGAUGAGAACAGGGUGUGAGCCACACAUCUCCUGUGUGAAGUGGCUCCUGAGCGUGGCUGUUGUCACCAGGGGGACUCGUGCUUCAUGGGGACAGCACCCCCUUGGUGGCAAUGGGAAGGUGUUGGGGGAUGAGCUGCUGGUACCCUCACAGGAGACUCUGGGUUUGGGAGCUGUGAUGUGGAUCAGUUCCUCAACUGCCUCCUUAUGGGAAGCGUGGUUGCAUGGGGAGAAUAUUGUUGGGGGAAUAGGGAGUCAAAGGAGUGACCUGCUGCUGUGGUCUGCCCCUGCACAGACCAGGGGGAUGCAGGUCAGCACUUCCUUGCCAUUAAAGAGAAUCAUUCCCAGUUCUUCCUUC